AUGACAUUACACUACAGAAAAAAACAAAACAACAACAUAUUCAGUGAACAGCGAUCAGAAGAGACUAUCGCUCAGCUGAAACUGGAGCUGGCUGAGAGAGCAGAGAACAACAGUGUCGUGCAGAAUGUUGAUGAACAGAUACAGCGGCUGGAAGAGGAAGUGUCCAGGUUGAAAUCAUACCAGCAAAGUUCAGUCAGUCCGCAGGAUUUGCGAGGUCUCCGGAAAGCACAAGAAGAGCUGACAGUGCGAGAGAAAGAGUGGCAGAAAGAGAGAUCUUUCCUUCAGGAGCAGCUUAACAACCUCAGAAAGGAGCUCCACAGUGCCACCAUCAGGGAAGAAGAACACCGACUGAAAGUGCUGCAGAUUGAUGAACUCCAAAGAGAGGUUGACAAGACGCUGGCAGUGCUGGAAAAGGAGAGGGAGGACUGUGUAAAGGCCGAGGAGCUGCAGCGACUGAGAGAAGAGCAACUCAAGGACAAGGUCAGGCAUCAGGAGGAGCUGGAGAAGUCUGCAUUUGACCAGAAGCAGAAAGAGCUGAAGGAAUGGAGAGAGCGCUGGUACUCAGUCUCGGAGAGCCUCCGGCAUGCACACACACUGCUCCAGCAGGCCCAGGACAGCCGAGACCAGGCCGUCAGCAGCCUCAAAAUACAGCAGGACAAGAACCACAGCCUGCGGGACGAUCUGCACAAACUUCACAGCACGUUGGUAGAAAAGGCCUCUACAGUGUCCAGACUCGAGCGUGAGCUACAGGACGCAGAGCAUCAGAGGGAUCUUCUGGACUCCAGAGUUUCUGAGCUGAGCUGUGAAAUCCAGCAGCAGAAGAAAGACUGCAGGCCCCAAACAGAGCAGGAUGAGGUGUCCAGUAGAGAUGAAACAGUUCAGAGACUGACGGCAGACCUGAGGACCACUGAGGAGAAUCUGACCUCUGCACGACAGGAGCUAGCAGGGCAAAUGCAGGAGGUCUGGUCCAGCAGAGAAGAUGCUGUGGCCCUGCAGAAAGAGUUGAGCAGACUUCAGGAGAUCCUGAAACACAGAGAAGAGCUGAUAGAAGAAAACAACCUCAAGACGACACAACUCCAGCGAGACGCAGACUGUCUUCACAAACAGUGUGAAGGCCAAAAGAAGGAGCUGUGCAAUCUGCGUGAGAAGGUGCAGCGAUGGCAGCAGGAGGCGCAGGAGCAGAUGGAGAGCUGGGUAAAGGAGAUGCAGGACCUUAAAACAGAGCUGAGCAGCACACAAAGUCGCCUGCAGCAGCAUAGACAAAACCUGCACAGUCUUUCCAGAAAGCAGAGAGACACUGAAGACAAGGCGUCCUGCAGGGAAGCAACCCUGCGCAGUCAGGAUUCAGAGUUGAUUAAGCUGAAGGCAGGACUACAGGAGGCUAAGAAACUGGCAACAGAUGCACAGGCCCGACUGCAACCUCUCACUGAAUCCCUGCAGAUCUGCAAACACAAGUACCAGACCUGCCUUAGCAAGAUCGGUCAGCUCCAGAACACUCUGCACAGCCGAGAGGAGGACCUGAAAGAGGCCCACAGUAAGGUGGCACUGAGGGAAGAGCAGCUACUGCAUCUGAGAGCUCAGGUUGCGUGUCUGCAGGAGGAUCUGCAGGUUCACUGCACACAGCUGGAGACUGGAGACGACGCCAUCACCACACUGAGCCAAAAGCUUCGGGACACGCAGACAGAGUUGGAGCACAGCCGGAAACACACACAGGAGUGUGAGCUGCUCAUCAGCACUCUCAGAGACACCGCUGAGAGACUUCAACGCCAGGUUGAAGAUCAGGAAGAGACUCUAGUGAAGACGCAAGCUGAUUUUUCAAUUUACCGGGCCACUCACAUUCACUCGGACUCCGACUACGAAUCCCAGCUGUCCCGUGUUCAAGAACUAGAGCAUGCACUGUUCCAGUCGCUGGAGCGUUGUGGUCAGAGCGUCCAGGAGUUGCGGGUCUGCCAGCUGGAGAUGGCACGACAUAAAGAUUGCAGUCCGGCUGCAGAUAUGCAGCGACUGCAGGAGCAGCUGAGGAAGCUCCAGGCAGAUGCAGCAGAUGAAGUCCACAGACAAGCACAAGUUGAUUCUCUGGAGCAGAAGGUUGCCAAUCUGGAAGGAGAACUGCAGGCUGCUCAAAGGCAGUGCGACCAGGCUAUCCAAAAGAGAGACGCCCUACUGAGACAGUCCGAGGCUGAUCUACUGCAGGCUCGGGACAAGAUCCGAGGCAGGGCGGCGGAAGCUGAGAGACAGGCGGUGUCUGCUCGAGGGCUGGAAGCUGAUCUGCAGAGAGCCAAGAAAGAGAAAAGGCAGAAGGAGAAAGAGUGCGCCUCGCUCAAAACACAACUGCUACAGCUCCGAGAACAACUGAAGGAGGCCAACACCACCUGCAGAGACACCGGCCAGGAGCUGAUGCGGCAGCAGGAGAAGCUGCAGCUGUUGGAGGGAGGUCAGCGUCUGACUCAGGAUCAGCUCUCAGAGCGUGUGGCAGAGCUGCUGCGGGCUGAAAAAGCCCACGGAAAACUCCAGGCUGAGCUCAAGAGAACCUCAGACAGUCUGGAAAACACCCAGCAGGAGCUGCAGGACUCACGGAGUCUGCUAGAUCGUCUGAAAGCAGAGGCCAGCAGCAGCAGACAGGAUGUGCUCGGCGCUCAACAGGAAGCUAUGAGACUCCAGCAGGAGAAACAGCAGAUCCGGGAAGAGCUGAACGUCUGCAGAGAGAGCCUCUUAGCCAUGCAGUCUAAGCUGAGUGAACAAGAGAAGCUGAUAAAUCAUCUUCAGCUCCUCAAUCUCAGUCUGCAGGAGGAAGGAGUGAAGCUUCAGAAGGACCUAAAGAUGUGCAGGGGAGAACUGGAGAGCAGAGACACACAACAGCAAAAACACCAACAGGAGAUGAGCUGUGUGCAGGCUGUGGUGUGCCGACUGAAGCUGGAGCUGGAGCAGCAGCAGGAGAGCUGGAAACAGGCUGAUCAGAGAAGCAAUGAGCUGAGACUGGAGCUCAGCACAGCGCAGGCCUCUCAGAAAGACUACAUGGAGCUGCUGGCGGAGUACAGCAGAGAGGUGUCUGUGCAGAGGAGUGAGCAGAGCCGUCUGAUCCAGCUGACGGAGGACAGAGCGGCUCUGGAGGAGAGAGUCAGGCUGAUGACUGCAGAUCUGCACAGAGAGCGCACUCACAACAGGUCAUCACAGGAGGAGGCUCGGGCGUGUGAGGGCCGUUUGGCGGAGCUGCACACCCAGCUCUCGCACUCUCAGCAGUGGGCACAGCAGCAGACCACAGCCCUGCAGGACAGAGAGGAGGAACUGCGCAUGCUGAAGAUGGAGAUGGCGGCUCUCAGGGAGAACUACACUGCUACACUUUCUCAGGUUGAGGUUUUGAGCUCACAGAUGGACACUGUGAAUCAGAAGUACAGCUCGGCGCUGUGUGAGGCGAAUGUUCUGCGGCAAUGUUUAGGAGACGCGCGGACUGACAGCUCUCGACUUCACAGGGAAAGUGAACUAGUCGUGACCAAUGUCAACCAAUGGGUGAAGGAGCAAAAGCACACUAAUGAGAAACUGGCACUCAAGAUCAAAGAGCAGAGCAGGAAGAUCAUCCACCUGACAGCCGAGAGAGAUCACCUUCAGGAGAACGUGAAGGGUUUACAGGGGGAAAUCAGGAGGCUGAAAACAAGAGAGAAUGGAAGCAGAGAGACUCAAGUAAUGAAGGCAGAGGAAGAUGAAGCACUUCCUGUGUGCUUGGAUUGACUUGGAUGGGAACCGUUUUCUGCAAACAAACCAUCGCCUGGAUCUAUUCAUGAUCACAGUUGUUAAACACUGAUAAUUGACCUUAUCACUCAAAUAGUCAAUCAAAUCAUUGCAUUGACAGUCCAUAAACAAAAUUUGAUCAGUUCCUAACAUUAUACACAUUCAAUUCAUAAGAUGGUCCCAAUUAUAUAAAGUGCCCUUAAUUACUAAGUACUUAAAUCAAAAUAAUACACUGUAAAACCUAAACAGUCAACUUUAUCAAAUGAAAUGAGUAUAGAUAACUCAAAAUUGACUGAAAGUUAAUUCUACUCAUUUGAAAAGAGUUUUGAACUCAGUGUUGAAGGUAAUAAGUUAAUUAAAUACCUCAUUACUUCAACUUAAAUGCAGUAAGUUCACAGUACUCAUAUAGAUUAGUUUUUUAACUCAAAUGGUUUGUUGCAAUCGAUUUCCUCAAACGGUUUGAGCUGCCUUAACUUACUGGGUAUUACAGUACUCAGAUGUUUUGAGUUCUCUUCAUUUAUUGGGUUUUACUGUGCUCAAAUUGCUUCAUUUAGUCAAGUGGAUUAAGUUCAAAGUACACAUUAGGAUUAGAUUUGGAUGUUAAAUGGUUGGUUGCAAUCAGUUUCCUCAAAUGGUUUGAGUUUAAGUGUGGGCUAAAGUGUAAGGAGUGGGUCAACUGUUUACUUCUAAAUGUAAUUACUUGCAGGUCAUUUUUAAAAUAUAAGUACAGGUUUUAAAAAAACAUGGAUCUAAAUAGGUGUGUUGUACCAAAUGAUUAAUGUAAAAGUACAGUUAAUUAAGGCCACCUAAUAUAAAGUGGCACUAAUUAGG